UUGAUUGAACAUUUAAAUGGAUUUCAAUAUAUUUGAAAUCACGAUAGUCUACGGUUUAUAUUUUAAUGCAGUCUAGGUUUUCAUUUUGUCACUUGUUUGUAUCAAUUGCGUAGACAUCAGAAACUUUAUUUGUGGUCAACUUAGCCUUAAAAUGCUUUUGGGGCGUGUCAUUUAAAUCAUAACAAAAAAAAUCGAAGAUAUUUGGCUACAUAAGCUAUUUCUUACUGAUCUCUACAUCUUCUGUCCAAAAAACAAAUCCUGUGAAAUGACGUCAACACAUACGGGGGGAGUUUCUGGCUAGCUACGAACUAGCUAUGUUGGCCGUGGCGUGCAUGACCAGAAUGACACAUCGCUGAGAAGGAGGCAUUGUUGGACCGUUGCCCAAAGUCUACCUUUUUUUUAUUAGUUUAUCCUAUAGCCUACUUUACCAUACUUUUUAAUAUACCCCCAGUAAAUUCAGUGAAUGAAAUGUAGACCUACACUUUGAUCUAGAAUAAUAUUACUUUAAAAUUCCUUUACUACUGUCUUACCUCAUCAUAACUAUGAAACAAAGGAUCUAAAACCUAGAGCUUGAACGAUAAACCGAAAAUUAUCGACAGCGACAUUGCCUCCUCUUACCAAUGUAGCCUAGUGCUGCAAAGUUUUUAUAGGACAUUAGCCUACAUUUUACUGGUAGAUUAAUCAAUUAGCCUACACGACUAAAUAGCAACAAUAUCAUAUUCGGAGUUAGCAAUCUCUAAAGUGUUUUUUAGUUUCCCACUUCCUCAGGUGGUGAAUACUAUAGCUUAUACUCCAAUAUGCACAAAGAUGUCGACAAAUUCUCUGAAGAGCCAAAAAGAAAUCUGAUCAUUCUGGAUCCUAUUUUGACAGGUUGAACAUCAAAAUAUCAAUCGUGCAUUUCCUGGAUGUUAGAUGAAAUAGCUUACUUUUUUAAUCAUAGGCUACCAUCUCAGUUGACUGACUAGGCACUGGAAAAAAUGUCUAGAGCCCCGCCGCUAAUGUAAAUUAACUGUCUAUUAAAUAACUAUUUUGCGCAAUAAAUGUUUUAUCGCAAUAUGACUUUUUGUCUAUCAGCCAGCUCUAGCACCUCCCCAAGAAUGAUUUUAUAGUUAGUGCUCUACUAGAACCUGACAAAAGGAAUUUUCUCUCACAUGCUCACACACAGUUGACUUUGACCAUGAUAUCUGCCAAUUUGGCUGAAGGUCACUGGGAGUUGCAUGCUGAACAGCCAAUAACAGCCAAGGUUACUAACUUACAGGGGGGAGAGGCAGAGGUUAGGCUACAGUAUAUCACCACUUGGAAAAGGGUAUUAUUUCAAUCUGACAUCAGGGCACAUGCAUGCACCCAAUCCCCCUGCUCGGUUCUGUGUGUAUACUGUGUGCAUGCGUACGAUGUCUGUUUUCCCCUGACUGGGUAAAGAGUCAUGUCCCCAGAGUACAGCUCAGUGGGACUGCUGGCAUGUGGCUAAAGAAUCCCUGCCCUUUUAAAACAGAGUGAGGGAGAGGAGAACAGAACAGAGUGAAAAGAAAAACAAGACUGGUUGAAGUGGAUGAAGAAUGACAUACUGCCUGACACAAAAACAGACAGGGGAAGAGUCACAAAGUGAGGGAGCGAAGGUGAAGCGAGGGAGGAUAAAUCAUAAAACACUUUCUGUCUGUCUCUUUCGCUUCACUCUUCUCUUCCCUCCUUCUCUUGUUGCUGUUGUUGAAGAGAGGUGACAGACAAGGACAGAACCAUUAACCCGGACACGGUGAUGGACACCAAGGCGGUGUUUACUGCCCUGUACAGUGUGUGUGAGGAGAAUGCUACGUUCUUCUCUGAGGGUUCUAAGGGGGCCCAGGGGGGCGCGGCACAGCGGCUGGUGGACACCAUGACCCUGAUCCAGGAGCACGCCCGCAGCCUGGAACCUGUCAUCUCAGGCUUUGCUGCUGUCUACCACCACUUUGACUUUGACCCGCACAUACCAGCCAACGGAUACCGCUCUCUAGUCAAGGUGGUGCGCUGCUGCAUUCUCCACAUCAUCCACAAGGGGCGCUACAUCUCCACCAACCGCCGCAGCAUCUUCUUUCGGACGGCCCACAACGCAGGGGAGAUGGAGGCCUACUGCUCUGCCCUAUGUCAGCUAAGAGCCCUGCUCUACCUGGCCCAGCGACUGCUGCAUGACAACAGCCACGGAAACCUCUUCUUCCACGAGGAGAGCGGCCUCAGCCAGAGCUUUGUCCGGGAGUACUCCUCCAUGCACAAGGGCUGCUUCUAUGGACGCUGCCUUGGAUUCCAGUUCACUCCAGCCAUCCGUCCCUGUCUGCAGACCAUAGCCAUCGGCCUAGUGGCCUUUGGAGAGAACUACAGGCGCCACCAGUCAGGCAUUGUGGAGGAAGGAGGUAUUGCACCGUAUGGUGUAGCAGCCAGCUCCUUCUUUACCUCCGGGAAGUACGCCAUCGACCCGGAGCUAAGGGGGGCGGAGUUUGAACGCAUCACUCAGAACCUGGACGUCCACUUCUGGAAGGCCUUCUGGAACAUCACAGAGACUGAGGUUCUAUCUAGUCUAGCCAGUAUGACAUCCACCCAGGUGAAGGUGAACCGUGCCCUCUCGGUGCCCCCUGUUCCCUUUGACCUCCCGCUGGUGGCCGAUCCGCACCUCACUGUCACCAUAGAGGCCCCGUCGGCCCACACCGGCCCUGGCCCCGUGCAGAUGAGGCUUAUCUCCUUCGAGCUGAGGGAGGGACAGGACAGUGAGGCGUUGCUGUCCCUGUCUCGUUCUGAGGGGGGUCCUAUCUCCCUGUCUCUGGGAAUGAAGACCAAGCAGAGCCCCCCUUCUCGCUGGCUCCUGGUUCACUACCACGGAGGAGGCUUUGUGGCCCAGACCUCCAAGUCUCACGAGCCGUACCUUAAGAGCUGGUCUCAGGACCUGGGUGUGCCCAUCCUGUCUGUGGACUACUCUCUGGCCCCUGAAGCCCCCUUCCCCAGGGCCCUGGAGGACUGCUUUUACGCCUACUGCUGGGCCAUCAAGAACCACCACCUGCUGGGUUGGACGGGGGAGAAUGUGUGUCUGGCCGGUGACAGUGCCGGUGGUAACCUGUGUAUUACAACAUCGAUGCGCGCUGCGUCUCAUGGUGUGCGAAUGCCUGAUGGCAUUGUAGCUGCCUACCCUGCCAUCCUGCUCACCGCCUACGCCUCGCCCUCCCGCCUGCUCACCCUCUUCGACCCCCUACUGCCCCUCAGUGUGCUCUCCAGGUGUCUCAGUGCCUACGCAGGUGAGGAGCCCCAGGCAGAGAAGCAGGUGGAGAAGGUGAGCACUCUGAGCAUGGUGAGGAGAGACACGGCCCUGCUGCUCAGAGACUUCAAACAGGGAGCUUCCAACUGGAUCCACUCCCUACUGGACCCCAACAGAGCCGCUGCCACGGCACCAACGGACACGUCUUCGUCAGUGAAGAAGAGUGUGUCUGAGGCAUCCAUCAGCUCGCCCCACUCGGACCCCCCCGAGCCCCCUGAGCAUCCCUCAGACUUAUCCCUGAGGAGAGAGUCUCUGAAGAGCCUGGCAUGCCACGCCAACAAUGCCAUCGCCACCCCCGCUGUUGCCCCCACCACACCUGCCCACAAUGCAAUGGUGUUCCCCGAACCCACACCUGACAACGUGAGCUUCUUCCUCUCCAAAGAGGAUGUGGUGUCCAUGUCGGAUGCUCUGUCUUCUGUUGCCAUAGCGCCCCCUGAGGGGGAGGAGGGCGUGGUGCUGGAGCACCCUCGGGAGUUCCCCCUGGGCUUCGAACCGCUGCGCUCUGAGCGGCUGGCUGAGAUGAAGCUGGCCACCUCGCCUGUCGUCAGGAACCCCUACAUGUCUCCUCUACUGGCCCCCGACAGCAUGCUGAGAGGACUGCCCCCCAUACACCUUGUGGCCUGUGCGUUAGACCCCAUGCUAGAUGACUCUGUGAUGUUUGCCAAGCGCCUGAGGAACGUAGAUCAGCCAGUCACCCUGUGUGUGGUGGACGACCUUCCCCACGGCUUUCUCAGCCUAUCACAGCUCUCCAGGGAGACGAGGGAAGCGGCUAACGUCUGCGUCAACAGAAUCAGGGACGUCUUUGACCAGAAGGACUCGCCCCAGGAGCCGCGCAUGCACCGCAAGCUGGAAAGGACCAAUCGCCGUGCUUCCUCUGUCACCACGGGUGACCCAGAGAAACUCUUUGCAGCACCCAUUCAGGAGGAGGAGCUGCUGGUUGCCAGGGGAGGGACUCUAGUUCCAGAUGGGGAGGGGCUAGUUGGCGUGGCUGCACAGAACAACAAUGUUGUGGGAUAAAGGCAUAAUCAGGGGUUUGCUGGAUGAAGGGUGCUGUUAGUCAAAGGAUUUAAAAGAGAGGGAGAAAGGGGGGGGGGGAUUUGGGCUAUAUGAAGCCUGGGAGAAGAGAAUAGAGUGAAGGAAAAACAGCAGCAGGAGUAUAUGCAGAAGGAGUUGGUAGCGUGCCCAUUUUUGGAGAGACAGAAUGAAGCACCCAUGGAUAGAGAGAAGGACAGCAAGUACUAAAUGCAACCUCUUCAGCUUUCAAACUCUCAAUUGCUGUUUAGCACCAUGCACAGCGACAUGUUGACCACACACACACUAAACCACUUUGCCUUUUGGGCUGCUGCAUUGUGCUCGGUGUAGAACUGUGAGUUUGGAGCCUGGACAUUAUAAAACAGCACAGAGCGUUGUGGUGAAUGGUCGAUCCAUCUCCCUAUAGAAGACUAUUCCAGUCCCUAAUCAGAUAGUGGUAGAUGUGCAAUGAGCUCCUACAUAGUGCCAUCACAACUUAAUGGCUACUUGUCUUUUAGGGAGCCACUCUAAAUCAAGCUUAAUAACUGUAGAACUCUGAGGUCUGUUAAACUAGUUGGUUGUGAAUACUGCUGCUGUUCGGUCACUUACUCUGCUGAUUAGCCCAUCAAUAGGACGCUGCAGUGCUAAAAACAACAAACUUAGAAACUGGAAGGAUUUCGUAGUACCUUGAAAUUGUUAUCCAUAAUUUAUCUUAUUACGCCACUAGUAUUCCUUGUUAUUUGUAUUUAUUGUGUGUGUAUACUCGUAUUGUAUAUAUUUUUUUACCGUGGAUUAUAGUUAUACCUGUUUGUUCAAGGCUUUUAAGAGCAUAUUGUGAGGUGGAUGCUAAAUUAAUUUCCUAGCUUUGUACUGCCAUAUUCUAUGGCUGCUCAUUCCUAGUUGUUCAAAGUAGCCAAAUGUUAACCUCUAUCACUCUCACUGUAGUGACUAGUGGUCAGUUAGCCGUUACCCACCCAACCAGUCACCUCAUAGUGAGAUGUGGCUGAGGGUUGAUAUUAUGAGGCCUCUAUAUAUACACUGCUCAAAAAAAUAAAGGGAACACUUAAACAACACAAUGUAAACUCCAAGUCAAUCACACUUCUGUGAAAUCAAACUGUCCACUUAGGAAGCAACACUGAUUGACAAUAAAUUUCACAUGCUGUUGUGCAAAUGGAAUAGACAAAAGGUGGAAAUUAUAGGCAAUUAGCAAGACACCCCCAAUAAAGGAGUGGUUCUGCAGGUGGUGACCACAGACCACUUCUCAGUUCCUAUGCUUCGUGGCUGAUGUUUUGGUCACUUUUGAAUGCUGGCGGUGCUUUCACUCUAGUGGUAGCAUGAGACGGAGUCUACAACCCACACAAGUGGCUCAGGUAGUGCAGCUCAUCCAGGAUGGCACAUCAAUGCGAGCUGUUUCAAGAAGAUUUGCUGUGUCUGUCAGUGUAGUGUCCAGAGCAUGGAGGCGCUACCAGGAGACAGGCCAGUACACCAGGAGACGUGGAGGAGGCCGUAGGAGGGCAACAACCCAGCAGCAGGACCGCUACCUCCGCCUUUGUGCAAGGAGGAGCAGGAGGAGCACUGCCAGAGCCCUGCAAAAUGACCUCCAGCAGGCCACAAAUGUGCAUGUGUCUGCUCAAAUGGUCAGAAACAGACGCCAUGAGGGUGGUAUGAGGGCCUGACGUCCACAGGUGGGGGUUGGGCUUACAGCCCAACACCGUGCAGGACGUUUGGCAUUUGCCAGAGAACAACAAGAUUGGCAAAUUCGCCACUGGCGCCCUGUGCUCUUCACAGAUGAAAGCAGGUUCACACGCACAUGUGACAGACGUGACAGAGUCUGGAGACGCCGUGGAGAACGUUCUGCUGCCUGCAACAUCCUCCAGCAUGAUCGGUUUGGCGGUGGGUCAGUCAUGGUGUGGGGUGGCAUUUCUUUGGGGGGCCGCACAGCCCUCCAUGUGCUCGCCAGAGGUAGCCUGACUGCCAUUAGGUACCGAGAUGAGAUCCUCAGACCCCUUGUGAGACCAUAUGCUGGUGCGGUUGGCCCUGGGUUCCUCCUAAUGCAAGACAAUGCUAGACCUCAUGUGGCUGGAGUGUGUGAGCAGUUCCUGCAAGAGGAAGGCAUUGAUGCUAUGGACUGGCCCGCCCGUUCCCCAGACCUGAAUCCAAUUGAGCACAUCUGGGACGUCAUGUCUCGCUCCAUUUGAGUGCGACUCCAAAUCUAGACCUCCAUGAGUUGAUAAAUUUGAUUUCCAUUGAUAAUUUUUGUGUGAUUUUGUUGUAAGCACAUUCAACUAUGUAAAGAAAAAAGUAUUUAAUAAGAAUAUUUCAUUCAGAGCUAGGAUGUGUCAUUUUAGUGUUCCCUUUAUUUUUUGGAGCAGUGUAUAUUCUCUAUAUGCUGGUCUUUUAUACUGAUAUAUUAUAACUAGCCAAUCAUAAAUAGCUAAUGCAAUAUUAUAGCUGCAUUUUAAUUGAUCAGUGCAAUCAACAGGUUUCAGUGGAGCCAUGAUGAUAUUGUGUUGGAUUUCAGUCACUGUUGUGGGGGCAAAGCAUCAAGUCAGUCAUUUUUGAUUUGAUCAUUUUUAUUGACGCCAAGUAUUACGUCUUAUGAUUUUAAGUCUCUUGUGCUCAGCCUUUGUUGCCAUCUAAAAUAAUAACUUAGCUUAGCUGUCUAGCUUGUUGAGAAUGAAUGAUUCACAUUGUCGUCACCCCCCCCCCCCCCCCC